AUGGUGGUUUUCAGGAAGGGUGAUCAUGUGUGGCUGGAAACCCAGUCAAGCAGCGAAUUUAAUGUUCCUAUUGGGGCAGUUGUAAAGGACUCGGACUCAGGACGGAUCUUGCUGGAGGAUGAUGAAGGCAAGGAGCACUGGAUCACAGCGCGGAACAUGCACAUGGUGCGCCCGAUGCACCCCUCCUCUGUCCAGGGCGUGGAGGACAUGAUCCGCCUCGGGGACCUCCAUGAGGCAGGCAUGGUGCACAACCUCCUCAUCCGCCACCAGGAGCACAAAAUCUACACUUACACAGGGUCCAUCUUGGUGGCAGUGAAUCCGUACCAGCUGCUGCCCCUCUACACAGUCGAUCAGAUCCAGCUGUACUGCAACAAGAGGAUUGGAGAGCUGCCACCUCAUGUCUUCGCCAUUGCAGACAACUGCUAUUUCAACAUGAAGAGGAAUAAGAGAGACCAGUGCUGUGUGAUCAGUGGAGAAUCUGGAGCUGGGAAAACUGAAAGCACCAAAUUAAUACUACAGUUUUUGGCAGCUAUCAGUGGCCAGCAUUCCUGGAUAGAGCAACAAAUCCUAGAGGCCAACCCCAUUCUGGAAGCUUUUGGAAAUGCCAAGACGAUUCGGAAUGACAAUUCAAGCCGCUUUGGGAAAUACAUUGAUAUCCACUUCAACCAAAAUGGUGUGAUAGAAGGAGCCCGAAUAGAACAGUUUCUUCUGGAGAAGUCCCGGGUUUGCCGGCAGGCUCGAGAGGAGAGGAACUAUCAUAUCUUCUACUGCAUGCUCAUGGGCAUGAAUGUGGAGCAGAAAAAGAUGUUGAAUCUGGGCACUGCUUCAGAGUACACCUAUCUCACUAUGGGCGAGUGCACAUCCUGCGAGGGCAGGAACGACGCCAAGGAGUACGCGCACAUCCGCUCCGCUAUGAAGAUCCUCAUGUUCUCCGACUCRGAGCACUGGGACAUCAGCAAGCUGCUGGCUGCUAUUCUGCACCUGGGCAAUGUGGAGUUUGAAGCGGCAGUGUACGAUAACUUGGACUGCUCCGAUGUCAUGGACUCGCCACACUUUUCGAUCGCAACCAAACUGCUUGAGGUAGACUCCAGGGAACUCCAGAACAGCCUCACAAACCACUCCAUCAUUAUCCGAGGAGAGAGUGUGUCCAGGCCUCUGAGCAUAGUUCAAGCUGCGGAUGGAAGGGACGCCUUUGUUAAGGGUAUAUAUGGAAGGAUUUUCCUGUGGAUAGUGAACAAGAUCAACUCAGCUAUUUUCAACCCAGCUUCUCAGAACCCUAAAAAAACACGAUACUCCAUUGGGCUGUUGGACAUUUUUGGGUUUGAAAACUUUGACAACAACAGCUUCGAGCAGCUCUGCAUUAACAUUGCCAAUGAACACCUCCAGCAGUUCUUCGUCCGCCACGUCUUCAAGCUGGAGCAAGAGGAGUACCUUGCGGAGCACAUUUCCUGGAAUAACAUUGAUUUCACCGAUAACCACCAAGCUCUGGAAAUCAUUGCGCUCAAGCCCAUGAACAUCAUCUCCCUCAUUGAUGAAGAGAGCAAGUUCCCAAAGGGCACAGAUGCCACCAUGCUCGUCAAAAUCAAUUCCCUGCAUGGCAAAAGCAACGUAUACAUCCCACCUAAGAGCGUCCAUGACACCAAGUUUGGCAUCAACCACUUUGCCGGGGUUGUCUUUUAUCAAUCAAAAGAUUUCCUGGAGAAAAAUCGAGACACGUUGAGUGCUAAUGUAAUGCAGGUGGUCCAUUCCUCCAAAAACAAAUUCCUGAGGCAGAUUUUCCAGGUGGAAACAACUCCACCUAGUCUUGGCCGUGGGACCAUUCGGCAUCUUGGAGGUGACCAGUCCUACAAGUCUUUAACCCAGUGUGGCUUUCUGCUGUCUAGAACAUCUGGCCAUGGACAGGGCUCGGAUACCACCAAGCGACUCUCUACGCUGGGGGGACAGUUCAAGCAAUCCUUGGAGAAGCUCAUGAAAAUCCUUGCUCAGUGUCAGCCAUACUUUAUCCGCUGCAUCAAACCAAAUGACUUCAAGAAACCUCUGUUAUUCGACCGAGAGCUGUGUAUCCAGCAGCUGCGCUACUCGGGCAUGAUGGAGACCAUUCGCAUCAGGAAGGCUGGCUACCCAGUUCGCUACAGCUUUGAGGAGUUCUUUGAGAGAUAUAGAGUYCUCCUGCCAGGCUCUGCUCGAGAACAGCUGAGGAAUGAUGCUCGCAAGUGCUGCAUCAGCAUCUCCGAAGCGGUGCUGGGCAAGGAUGAAGGCUGGCAAGUUGGAAAAACCAAGAUUUUCCUUAAAGAUUAUCAUGACACGGUACUAGAGCUGCAACGACACAAGGUACUCACAGAUAAGGUGCUUCUUAUCCAGAAGGUGAUGAGAGGAGUCAAGGACAGGAAGCUGUUUCUGAAGCAGAGGAAGUCUGCUAUCGCUAUUCAGACAGCCUGGCGAGGCUACUGCUGCCGGAAGGACUUCCGAAUGAUUCUGCUGGGCUUUGGGCGCCUGCAGGCCCUCGUCCGGAGCCGGCAGCUUGCCAAGGAGUAYGAGGCAGCCCGGGCUGCAGUCAUCAGGUUGCAGGCCUUGUGCCGGGGAUACCUGAUGCGUAAGAAGAACAAGGGCAAGCUGGAAGCCAGGAAUAUCCGCUUGGAAGAGGAGAAACGUCUUAUCCAAGUCCUUGGACCACUGAAAGCAAGAGAAGAAGCUAUGAGGUUAGAAAAGGAACACCUGGCUGCUCUGGAGAGAGAGGCAAAUGAAGAAAGACAACGGAGGAAUAAUGCUCUUGCCAACAGGCCAACGAGUGGUGAUGUUAUCAGUGACCAAGAAAUGGUGGACAAAAUUUUUGGAUUUUUACCUUCCAUGAUUGGAGGCCAAGAAGGACAGGCUCCUCUGGGCUUUGAGGAUUUGGAAACAAAGCCGACCAGGCUGGAAGAAGUCGACCUGGACAUGAUUCCCAUGAGCGUGGAGCUAGAAGAAGAACGAGAUGGCUUGGCAGAAUACACCUUCCCAAAGUUUGCAGCUACCUAUUUCCAGGGGUCAUCUACACAUACACACAUCCGGAAACCGCUGCGGCACCCGCUGCUUUACCAUGACGACAAGGACAAUGUCCUGGCUUCCCUGCUUGUGUGGGUCGUUAUCCUGCGCUUCAUGGGGGACCUGCCAGAGCCAGCAAUGUUUGCCAGGAGCAUCACCACCAAGAGCAGCUCCGUGAUGACACAGAUAUAUGACACAAUUGGCAAGAAAAACCAAGUCCAGCUCAGAAGCAACAGCCCAAAUAUGGGAGACAACAGAAAGGAUAACAAGAUUUCCAAAGGGAUCUCCUCCCUGAAGCUGAAACGGUCCUCCAAGCUGACAGGGAAGGUAGCAAACCAGCUGAAAAGUGGAGAAGAGGCUUUCCAAGAGGACAGCUCGAUCUCUGAGAGACCUAUGUCCAACCUUGAAAAAGUGCACUUCAUUAUUGGCAAUGCAAUUCUGCGCCCUGCCAUCAGAGAUGAGAUUUAUUGCCAGAUUUGCAAACAACUCAGUGAAAACAGCAACAGGAGCAGCUACACUCGAGGCUGGAUCCUUCUCUCCCUUUGCCUGGGUUGCUUUCCUCCUUCAGACACAUUUGUGAAGUACCUGCUGAACUUCAUCCAYGAGGGGCCGCCGGGCUACGGCCCGUACUGCGCCGAGCGCCUGCGACGGACGUACGGCAACGGYGCGCGCAGCGAGCCCCCGAGCUGGCUGGAACUGCAGGCAACAAAGCAGAAGAAACCCAUUAUGUUUAAUGUCACUCUGCUAAACGGCCAAAGCAUCACUGUCCCUGCAGACUCUGCUUCUACUGCCAAAGAGAUCUGUCAGUUCAUAGCAGAUAAAACCAAGCUGAAGGAUGUGUUUGGCUUUUCACUCUACAUUGCUGUGUUUGACAAGGUCUGGUCGCUGGGCGGAGGACGAGAUCACGUCCUGGACGCCAUCUCCCAGUGCGAGCAGCUCGGGAAGGAGCGGGGCACCCACGAGCGCAACGCGCCCUGGCGGCUCUACUUCCGCAAGGAGAUCUUCACGCCCUGGCACAACUGCCAGGAGGAUCCCUUCAGCACCGACCUCAUUUACCACCAAGUCAUUCGCGGGAUCCGCUUUGGAGAGUACCACUGUGAGAAGGAGGAUGAUUUGGUGGAGAUAGGUGCAAAAUAUUGUUACAUCCAGUUUGGAGAUUCCAUCCACAAUGAGCUAGUGCAAAAAGUGCUCCACGACUGUAUCCCACUGAAACAGCUGAAGUCCAAGCCCCUGGAAAAGUGGGUGAGCCUUAUAACCUACGCACAUGCCAAGGCCCCAUACACGCAGGACCGGCUUUCCCGCCAGGCUGUGAAAGAACAGCUCGUGGAUUUUGCUCGCUUUCAGUGGCCUUUGCUUUUUUCGAGAUUCUUUGAAGUCACAAAGUUUUCAGGUCCCAGCUUGCCCAAGAACCACUUUAUAGUUGCCGUUAAUUGGAAAGGUAUCUACUUCUUGGAUGAGUCUGAAAAGCGGCUUCUUGAGCUGACCUUCCCGGAGAUCACUGGCAUCCACACCAACAGGGCAGUGAAAUCCUUUGGACAGAGCUGCACUCUCAUCACACUUCGUGGGGAGGAGUUUGUCCUCACGUCUGUCAACAGCGUCGUAAUUGCCGAGCUGGUGGUUAUGUUCCUGGAAGGGCUGAAGAAAAGAUCACGAUUUGCUGUGGCAAUGCAAGAGAARAAAGCCCAAGAAGACCCUGCCAUCCUGCCCUUCAAGAAGGGAGACUUGCUAAUCCUCACGGAAGACAAAAGGCUGGAUGCAAAUUCUGCCUGGAUCAGUGCCCAGAAUGAACGGACAGGCAAAACAGGGAAUGUGUCUUUAGAAGACAUCUACAUCAUUCCUUCUCUCACAAAACCAUCUAGUCAACUGCUGAGUUUGCUGCUGAUGUCCCCAGACCAGAGGAGGACAGCGUCCCAGAACUCCCACAUGGAGGASCCCGAUGAGGAGGAUGUCAGAACGAAGCCUUACACUUUGGAGGAAUUCUCCUACGAACACUUCAGGACUCCUGAGAAGGAAUCCAUUAGCAAGGCUGUUCUCCAGAAAUCCCGCGCGCRCAGUCAGCUGUGGGCACAUUCCAAGGAGCCCUUGAAGCAGCCCUUGCUGAAGAGCGCGUGCAUGGAUGCUGAUCUUCGGGACCUGGCUUGUCAGGCCUUCAUAGCCAUCAUGAAGUUCAUGGGGGACUACCCGUCAAAGCAGGCGCACUGCUCGGCCGAGCUCACCGACCAGGUGUUCGUGGCGGCCAUCCAGGAGGAGCUUCUGCGCGACGAGAUCUACUGCCAGAUCAUGAAGCAGCUCACGGAGAACAGGAACAGGUACAGCGUGACCCGGGGCUGGCAGCUCCUGUGGCUCUGCACCGGCCUCUUCCCACCCAGCAAGUCCCUGCUGAAGCACGCCCAGAAAUUCAUGGAAACGCGACAGAAAGAGCCCCUGGCCCUGGACUGCAGUCGGAGAAUUCAGAGAGUGAUGAGGAGUGGCUCCAGGAAGUGGGCCCCUCACCCUGUGGAGGUUGAUGCCAUCUUGCAGAACAACACCAAGAUCUCACUCAAGAUUUGCCUCCCCAAUGACACAGAGCAGGCGUUGGAUGUGGGAACAAACACCAAAAUCCGGACUCUGUGUCAGAAUAUCGCUUCCAAACUGCAGCUCAGCUCCUGGGAAGGCUUCAGCCUCUUUGUCAAGAUUGCAGACAAGGUGAUCAGUCAGAACGAAGCAGACUACUUCUUUGACUCGCUGAGACAGGUGACAGAUUGGAACAGGAAGAGCAAACCAGUGAAAGAUGGGACGCCGCUGUCUCUGGCUUACGAGGUUUAUUUCAUGAGAAAGCUGUGGCUGAAUGUAAUUCCUGGGAAGGACCUGAAAGCAGAUUCAAUUUUUCAUUACCACCAGGAGCUGCCCAAGUACCUCCGAGGCUACCACAAGUGCUCCAAGGAAGAAGCUGUGCAGCUCGCAGGGCUCAUUUACAAGGUGCGCUUCAACACGGACCGCUCACAGCUGGCCAACGUCCCCAAAAUCCUGAGGGAGCUGGUGCCUGACAACCUGCUGCGAGCAGGCUCCCCAGAGGAGUGGAAGAAGAGCAUUACUGCAGCAUACAACAAACACGAGGGGAAAACCGUGGACGAGGCCAAGGUUGCCUUCCUCAAAAUGGUCUAUCGGUGGCCAACAUUCGGAUCGGCCUUCUUUGAGGUCAAGCAAACCUCGGAGCCGAAUUUCCCAGAGAUUGUGCUGAUUGCAAUCAACAAGCAAGGAGUCUCCGUGAUAAAUCAGAAGACAAAGGAUAUUUUAACAGUUUACCCCUUCAAUAAAAUCUCCAACUGGAGCAGCGGGAGCACGUACUUCCACAUGACAAUAGGAAACCUGGUACGAGGAAGCAGGAUCCUGUGUGAGACAUCUCUGGGCUACAAAAUGGACGACCUGUUGACGUCCUACGUGCGGCUGCUCAUGAGCGCUGUCAACAGGCAGAGGAACCUGCCGGCCUGAGGAACGCGGGGCUGUCUCUGUGCCAAACCCCCCAGCUCCCUCCCCGAGAACGAACAGCAUUUUAGACACACUGAGCUUCAUGCGGCUUGAUCAGCUUCUGAUCACGCACUCAACGACCUGCACCGCUCAAAUACUGCCACAAGAAGAGCUCAAGGGAACACAUGUUUUCAAAUGUUUUCCAAAUGUGUCUUAUUUAAAUGGGGUAUGUUCCAUUCACACUUUGCAUUUAGAGGUAAAAAGGAAAAAA